AUGAACGCUUCCAAAACGGAACACACAAUUGUUCACCGCAGCCCGACAGCCCACACCACCCGGAUCGCUCGUGCCAAGGAUGAAGCCUGGCGCAACACUCGCAAGCUCGGCUCUCUCCUCGGCGACACCGAAGAUCGAUCGCGCCGUAAUAACCUAGCCACCGCAGCGCUCCACCGGAUGUGGAAGAUCUGGCUUCGGCCGUCAAAGACAUCGCAAGCGACUCGAGUCCGCCUCUACAUCAGCUACGUAUUGCCCAUCCUGCUUUACAACUGCGGGACAUUGGCGUUAACCCACACUGACCUCCUUGGCCUCGAAAGUUUUCACCGCCAACAACUCCGCAAACUAUACGACCUUACCGGGACGGAACCGCUACGCUAUCACCUCCUGCGCAGCCGAUGGCGAUUGUUUGGCCAUAUCCUUCGCCGGCCCGCAGCUAUCCCUGCAUACCGCUACAUGGACGCUUACUUCAGGCCGAGCGAGUCAAGCAAAUGGAGAGGCAGACAACGGCUCACGCUUCCGAUGGUCCUCGACGCCGACCUCCAGACUCUUUCUUCCGGGCACCGUCUUCGUCGUUCUCCCGAUCUUUACCUCCUUCGCCUUUGCGCGCAGGAUCGAAAAAGCUGGAAGCACCUGACGGAGGCCCUACUUGCGUACGUGCCGAUUGACGGGCUCUGGUCGAGAGCAGAGAGAGAAUUAGAGAGAUGA